ACUAAGUUUACAAAGCAUUUCCUGGGACCGGGCUGAGGCAAACCACAUGGUGGAGCCUUUCUCAGCGGAACAGUCUACGGAAAGCUCCAGUUGCAGCCAGCAAGGAGGCUCCAGGACCACCUUCAGCAGCUGCCUCGACAGGUGACUGCCUGCCUCUUGCUCCCAGGGUUGGGCUUCUGGGCCAGGCAAUGGCUCUCCUGUGGCUCCUCUCUGUGUGCUUGCUGGUUCCAGGGACUCAAGGUACCGAAGAUGGAGACAUGCGCCUGGUUAACGGGGCCUCAGCCAGUGAGGGCCGCGUGGAGAUCUUCUACAGAGGCCAAUGGGGGACAGUGUGUGACAACCUCUGGAAUCUUUUGGAUGCCCAAGUCGUCUGCCGGGCCCUGGGCUUUGAGAACGCCACCCAAGCGCUGGGCAGAGCUGCCUUCGGGCCAGGAAGGGGACCGAUCAUGCUGGAUGAGGUGCAAUGUACAGGGACGGAGUCCUCACUGGCCCACUGCAGUUCCUUGGGCUGGAUGGUGAGCCGCUGCGGGCACGAGAAGGACGCAGGCGUGGUCUGCUCCAACGAUACCACAGGUGUUCACAUCCUGGACCUCUCUGGAGAGCUUCCAGAUGCGCUGGGCCAGAUCUUUGACAGCCAGCAGGGCUGUGACCUGUUCAUUCAGGUGAUAGGGCAGGGGCAUGGGGACCUGAGCCUCUGUGCCCACACGCUGAUCCUGCGCACCAACCCUGAGGCCCAGGCCCUGUGGCAGGUGGUGGGCAGCAGCGUCAUCAUGAGAGUAGAUGCCGAGUGCAUGCCUGUCGUCAGAGACUUCCUCAGGUACUUUUACUCCCGAAGAAUUGAGGUCACCAUGUCUUCCGUCAAGUGCUUGCACAAGCUCGCCUCUGCCUAUGGGGCCACCGAGCUUCAGGACUACUGUGGACGGCUGUUUGCCACCCUCCUACCCCAGGAUCCCACUUUCCAUACGCCCUUGGAUCUUUAUGCAUAUGCGCGGGCCACCGGGGACUCUGUGCUGGAAGAUCUGUGUGUGCAGUUCCUGGCCUGGAACUUCGAGCCUCUGACGCAGGCUGAGGCCUGGUUGGCUGUUCCCACCUCCUUGAUCCAGGCUCUCCUCCUCAGGAGCGAGCUGGCUGUGUCUAGUGAGCUGGAUCUGCUGAAGGCAGUGGACCAGUGGAGCACAGCGACCAAUGCCUCGCACGGGGUUGUGGAGCGCCUGGUGGAACAGGUCCGUUUCCCCAUGAUGCUGCCCCAGGAGCUGUUUGAACUUCAGUUCAACCUGUCCUUGUACCAAGAUCACCAGGCACUGUUCCAGAGGAAGACCAUGCAGGCCCUGGAGUUCCACACAGUGCCUGUUGAAGUGCUGGCCAAGUACAGAGGCCUGAACCUCACCGAGGACAUCUACAUGCCCCGGCUUUACACCUCCUCCACCUGGAGUAGCUUGGUGAUGCCCCGUGCCUGGAGGGCACAAAGAUAUGGAUACAAUCAGCGCUACACCUACGGCUAUUACUCAGAAGCCCGGUACAACAGCUACCAGUCCUUCCAGACUCCACGACACCCCAGCUUCCUCUUCAAGGACAAGCCGAUCUCCUGGUCAACCACCUACCUCCCCACCAUGCAGAGUUGCUGGAACUACGGCUUCUCGUGUACAUCCGAUGAGCUCCCUGUACUGGGCCUCACCACAUCUAGCUACUCCGAUCCCACUAUAGGCUAUGAGAACAGAGCACUGAUCCUCUGUGGAGGCUACAGUGUGGUAGAUGUCACCAGUUUUGAAGGCUCUAAGGCCCCUAUUCCCAGUGCCCUGGAGACCAAUGGUUCCAAAUCCCCCUCCCUCUUUCCCUGUGCCUCAGGGCCCUUCAGCAGCUUCCGUGUGGUCAUCCGCCCCUUCUACCUCACUAACUCCACUGACACAGUGUAGAUGGCACAUCUCAGUGGUGGGGACUCAGACAUUCCUGUGUCCCCCCUCCUUGGCCUCCGGCCUCUUUGUAAACACCUCCAGCAGCCUGCCACCAGAUUUCCCUCAGCUUCCACUGGCUCUGUGAGCUUUAAAAUUUACUAGAAGGUUUCAGCCAGUACUCACUCCAGGGCUGAGAGUCCCAGGGCCCCCACUGCAGGCACAAGCAGGUUCAUGAGGUCCUAUAGAAUUUCCUGUGCCUACUGAAGUAGCCCUGUCUGUCACGGUCACUAAUCUGAAAUUAUUAAAGUCACAUGCGCUCCUCA